GCUUACGCAAGAAGCAUCAAAAAGGAAAUGGAAGAAUACGCAAGGCGCACCAAAGAACAUUGGAGACGUUUUUUAAAGGCAUUGAGAGGCGUCUGGGGGUGACGUAUGAUGCCGAAAGAGUUCUGCAGCCUACCACCUCUAGCCAACAGAGUGUGCCCUUUGUUUCAUUCUCGGAAGCUUCGCAGUUCAAUCUGCACGGGUACACGGUGGAUGAUAUCAUGAAAGACCCACGGUUCCGUCUUCAACUUGCCUUGAUGGAGGCGGGAUUACACCAGACACCAUACGGGAGAGAAGUGAUCUCUAGAGGCUAUCAUGUGCCUGCAGCCCAGCGACCGAGCGAAGAAAAUCCACUACGCAUGGAGUAUUAG